AUGGAUAAAAUGAAUGAUUUGCUUAAUGAACCCGUGCAACUUUCUCAGGGGAUUGAAUUGAACAAACUUUUCACGUCUCCAACCGAAUUCCACAUAGACGUGGACUUCAAAAAGGGAAUGUCAGAUUCAUUCUUUAAUGAGGAUGAUACAAUGGUGGAGUCUGAUACGGACAACAGAACUGGCCAGCACUUGACUUCCAUCGCACCUGAUGGCCUCUUAAACAAACUGAGGGUACAUUUCCAAUUCGCUUGCAGCGACUGCGAAGACAUUCUCAAUACAAUAGAGCGGUCCACUGAGCAAAUGCUGCUCGCCUCUCCCGAGUACCAUUCGUUCAGUGAACUCUCCGUCAAAAUGAUAGACUGCGUGCCCAGCGGUGACGUGAAGAUGCUCAUAAUCGAGGAGGGCGACGGCCCGCUAGUGCCGGUUGACGCGGAAGUUACCCUGCAUUACGCCGCCUAUUGGGAGAAAGCAAAGAUCCCCUUCGACUCGACCCUCACAAUGAACUCCGGAAUUCCCCUGCGUUUACGUUUAGGUACAGGUAGCGUCCUGUUAGGUCUGGAGAUCGGUCUGACGGCAGUGCGUGGCCCUAAGGCCAGGUUCCAUUUGCUGCUGCAGCCGAAGGUGGCCUGGGGCGAGAUGGGUGCUCCGCCCCGAGUCAAACCGGAGCCUGCGUUGUUCGUAAUAGUCCUGUACGACGUCAAGGAUGUCCAGGCGGCUGCUAGGUUCAACGACCUGCCUAUGGAGGAGCAGGGGAAAUUCGAGGUCACCCUCAGGACCGUCAAGUCCCUUCACGGCCAGGCGAAAGACCUGUUCAGCAGGAGGAAGUACGCGAGAGCAAUAAAGAACUACCAGCAGUCGACCACCGUGCUGAGGCUGUCGCGACCGCAGUGCGAAGCGGAAGAGGCGGAGGUGAAGAGUCUGAGGGUCACCGCUCUGGUCAAUUUAGCGGUGUGCUUCCAUAGAAUCGGCAAACCGAAGCACGUGCUGCACAUGUGCGAGGCCAUUGACCAGAUAAUCGACAUAGAGAGUCACUGCAAGGCGCUCUUCUACUGCGGCAGGGCGCACGAGUCACUCGGCAGGCGGGAGCAGGCCCUAAAAUACUACAACAUGGCCCUAAAACUCGAGCCUAAGAAUACUGAGAUCGGCAAAGCGCUGUCCCAUUUCGAGGGCCGCGCGCUGGAGUCGGCGGCGAGGGAGAAGGCGAUGUGGCAGAGCGUUUUCAAGCCUUCGCCUCAAAACAAGAAGGUUGUCUAUGGCGUGGACGCGGAUUUCCAAGAUGGCGUCCGCGAGAUGUGUCAAAGUUUGGCGGGAAGUGGCGAGUACGCGAAGUUCGAUCUGCCGGCCGGUCUGACGAGGCGCGAAGUGGACUGCAUAAAGUGUUUAGUCAGCGAGUUUCAGGGCCUGACGGUCGACGAAGAAAGCGGGGAGAGGGGAAAACGCGUGACGAUAGUGAAUCAGCCGAAG